GACCAGAAGCAGACAGUAGACGGUUACACAGACGCAUGGCGCCAACUUAUUGAUUCGCGCCCCCAUUCCAGCUUUGCCUUUGGCACAGGGCGCAAGGAUGCUGCGAGCGAACGAGAGGGCAACGCAGGACGCACAACAAAGGCGCUGGGCUCAGUGCGCGUCUGGCUGUGCGAAAGUUCGGUUGAGUUUUCAUUAUCCUUGCCGUGCGCUGUGUCCGUUCCUUGUUCCGCGUGUAAUGUUUGCAGUGCAUUGGGGCCUUUGUUAGCCAUGCCCACCACCUGUGUCUUUCAGCUGGAUCGCCUGAAUCCCGUCUACAACAGCGGCGAAUACAUCAGCGGACGCAUUCUGCUACGCACGGACAAGGUGAAGCGCGUGAAUGCUGUCUACGUUACCCUGGAGGGUGAGGCCAAGGUGCAGUGGUCCAUGAGCGGCAAGAGCGAGACAUCCAACUAUUCGGGCCACCAGCAGUAUCUGCACACACGCACCAACGUCUUCGACAACUCGCUGUUCCGGGCCGGAGUGCACGUCUAUGUGCUCACAUUGCGCAUACCACCCGACUGCCCGAGCAGCUGCAAGGGCCCGUAUGGCUACAUUGCCUACAAUAUAUCGCUGACCAUCGACAAGCCGUGGGGCUUCGACGAGGUCUUCCGCAAGCCCAUCAUGGUUGUCCAAACAUUGGAUCUCAACUAUAACUCUGAGUUUGCGCUGCCUGUCAAGGAUGAGAACAUCAAAUACCUCUGCCAUUGGCCAUGUGUCUCGGGACCCAUUAGCUCCAGCCUGGCGCUGCCCGCCUCCGGCUUUACGCCGCUUCAGGAGGUGCCCUUCACCGUGGAGAUCGACAACCAAUCGCCGCACUACGAUAUUAUUGCCUUGGAGGUGUCCAUAAAGCAGCACUUUGUCUUCCUCUCGCGCAAGCCCGUCAAGCGCAAUUUCUACACGAAGACUCUGUGCAAGGAGACCAUCACGGAUCGCACCCUGCGCCUGUCCAAGCGCAUGUACGAGUCGAGCAUUGUUGUGCCCAUGGACACGCCCCGAUCCACGCUGAACCCCAACUACAUUGUCUUCCUGCACUACACGCUGCAGGUGAAGCUGAAGACCGGCUACUUCCACUACGACACGGAUCUCUCCGUGCCCAUUGUGGUGGGCACGACGCCACUGCAGCAUCUACAAGCCAGCGCCUCCACCCGGCAGCCGGCUCGACGCACGCCCACGCCGGAGCGACAGCGCCUCAUCGAGCGGGUGCAGCCACGCCCCGCAACGGUCGAGGAGGAGACGCCCCAGGAGGCGGCAGCCGAGGAGAUUCAUCAGACGAUGGAGGACGACGAGCCGCCCUCAUAUGACAGUUGCUUGCCGCCUUCUUUUAGCUUCGCUACUUUGGCUGGCAGUCAGCAGACGCUGGAGAGUCAACCGCGCAUACAUCUGCCCAAAUUUCCGGGCUUUAGCACGCUGCUGGGCACAGCGCCGGCGCAUGAACAGAUCCUGGAGGACUCCGGCCUGGACAUGCACUACUAUCGCUCCUAUGGCUCGCUGGACACGGAUCACACGGGCCGCAGCCUCGAUACCUUCGGCUCGCUGUGCGGCCCCCUGUCUGAGCAGAGCGAAGCGGAGCAGCAGGAGCAACGACUGGAUGCCACGGCCCAGGUGCAUCAGGCCGAGCAUCAAUUUUAAAUGCAAGUGUCUUAACGCCCAUUGUGGGUAUAAUACGUAAGAUUGUACUAGAUAUAAGUGUUCAGAGCUAAGUAAUCCAAUUAUAUUUUCGAGUGUGUCAUAAUCCGUCUUAUUGGAAGCUCUCAUAGCUCAUACAUAUAUUAUAUAUGUGUAUAUAUAUAUGUCUUAUAUACAUUAACUAUACUUUACUGCCAUCCAAAAUUGAAAUUUCAUUGAAGCGAACUUAUUGAGUGCCAG